UCGCACCUUAUAUAUUCGAGGAUGGAGGUUUUUGCCUACUAAGAGAAACAGAAGGAUGAAGGAGAUUGACAAAGAUGUUCAAGCAAUGAUUAGAGGAAUCAUUGAUAAGAAAGUGAAGGCAAUGAAAGCAGGGGAAACCAAUGCUGAUGACUUAUUAGGCAUGUUGUUGGAGUCCAACUUUACAGAAAUUGAACAACAUGGUAACCAGGAUUUUGGUAUGACUACACGAGAGGUCAUCGAGGAGUGUAAAUUGUUCUAUUUUGCUGGGCAAGAGACCACCUCUGUAUUGCUUGUAUGGACAAUGAUUUUGUUGAGCAGGCAUCCAGAUUGGCAAGCUCGUGCUAGAGAAGAGGUUUUGCAAGUCUUUGGUGAUGAUGGAACACUAGAAUUGGAUGGAUUAAACCGCUUAAAGAUUGUGACAAUGAUUUUUCACGAGGCAUUAAGGCUAUAUCCACCAAUUGAAGCGCUUUGUCGAAUGACUAAAACUAAAACCAAGCUAGGGGAACUAAAUUUACCGGCUGGAGUGAUGCUCUCUAUGCCAAUAAUGUUAGUGCAUCAUGACAAAGAAAUAUGGGGUGAAGAUGCAUCGGAGUUCAAGCCAGAGAGAUUCAGUGAAGGCGUUUCAAAGGCAACAAAGGGCCAAAUGACGUUUUUCCCAUUUGGUGGGGGACCUAGGAUAUGCAUUGGACAAAACUUCGCGAUGAUAGAAGCCAAGAUGGCUUUGGCUAUGAUUCUACAACGCUUCACAUUUGAAUUAUCUCCUUCUUAUACACAUGCUCCACAGCCUGUUAUAACUACCCAGCCUCAGUAUGGUGCUCCUCUUGUGUUGCACAGAUUGUAAAAAGAGUGAAUAAACCCUCUUAUGCAAAUUAGUUUACACUAGUCACUCUUUCCUCUUUUCUAGCUUGGAAAAAAUAACACUAUCUUUAUAUUUGAAAAGUUUUUCAUUUGAAAUAUCUCAUUUUCUGUUAAUGAGAUGAACUUGUACAUAUAAUAUUCCGUUAUGACAUAUUUUUGAGCACAAGUACCAAUAAUUAAGAAUACUUUUGGUA